AUGGUAGACUUACAAGCCAGUAGUGGAGGAGAAGCCUCUGACACUUUGGGAUUAACACACAGAUCUAACAAUGCUGCUAAAUCUAAUUCGAUCUCGAACGUGGAUUCGAACUCAAACUCAAACUCAAGUUCAAAGUCUGGCAGUCACCUUGGCGCUGUAACCAGUCAGAAUGAGGGUUCGAGUAGCGAUAUACACCUACCGCUCACAACAAUACAUUUGAAAAGCCAUGAGUGGUUUGGAGAUUUCAUUACGAAGCAUGAAGUGCCCAGAAAGGCCCUCCACUCUUCUAUCGGGUUUGUUACACUUUAUCUCUACACGAAAGGGUUGGAUUACCGGAAAGUGAGGAAUCCGUUAGCCAUAGCAUUCGUUAGCAUUUUUGCAUUGGACCUGAUUCGGUUGAGAUGGACACCUUUCAACAAAUUGUACUGCAAGUUUGUGGGCGCGUUGAUGCGUAAACGCGAGAUCCAUACCUACAACGGCGUUUUGUGGUACCUUUUGGGGCUCAUCUUUGCGUUCAGCUUCUUCCCCAAAGACGUGGCGUUAAUCUCGCUCUUUUUGCUGAGUUGGUCAGACACGGCAGCGUCCACGUUUGGACGCAAGUUUGGCCAUCUGACGCCCAAGCUCGCUCGUAAUAAGUCAUUGGCAGGAUCUAUUGCUGCUUUCAUCGUGGGAGUCUCCGUUUGCUACGGUUUCUAUGGCAUUUUUCUUCCUCAUUACAGAUACGUGGACUCUCCUGGGGAAAUAAGCUGGUCAGCCGAGACGAGCAAACUAACGCUCGGUCAAUUCUCCGUUUUGAGCGGAGUUUUGGCGGCGUUCAGCGAGGGCAUUGAUCUUUUUAACUGGGACGAUAAUUUUACUAUUCCUGCAUUAUCUGCUGUAUUCAUGAACACGGCCAUUCGUCUCACCAAGCGGGCCAAUUAA